UCAUUUAAACAACAACGAGGUCGAUCGUCGUUGUGUUGUUUUGGGCAAGUCGUCCAGAAAAAAAUACAUUUGUUUUAUAUUUAUAGUUAAUCAUCGUCAUAAUGGACAUCCUCUCGAGACCGGCGGAAGAAUUCGUUAAUGAUGGAACCGUGGAAGAACUAUGGGCUGUAAAGGCGGUCGAUCAUGCGGAGGUACAUUUCAAUCUUCUGUGUAGUGUGGAUCCACGCUUACUUCGACUAACACCGUACGACGAUGAAAUAUACGGGCAGUUCCGUCGCAUGUUUCCGGACAUGGAUGUGCGAGUGGUGAACGAAAACCAACUGAAGAAUUCUGAUGCAAAAACUAAAUGGAGAGCUUAUGUGGAAAAGUUUAAUCGACUGGAAGAUUUCAGCUACGGCACUUUGCUGCGUGCCGACGCAGAAGAAGAGUUCCGACCAGAAAACGCGAUCCUGGUAGUAAGAAUUCAAUUCUGGGCGAUCGAGGUAGCGAGAAAUCGGGAAGGACUUAACGAUACAGUUAGGAUGAAGUUCCGUGGAAAAAUUAUUAAUAGAAAUUUCUAAUAAACCGAUGCACGUUUUUUCACGAGAGCGCUUG